CGGGUAGAUGGCGUGCUGGAUGACGUUUCUUGGUGUCGAUGGGAGGUAAACAAAUCGUACAAGUUAAUAUUUUCGUUCCCUGCGAUGCAUCAACAUGGCACUGUUACAUAAAAACAUCAGUGAAAUCCCGAAGGAUGCGGUAAGGAUAAGCGAAAAAGAGGCGCUGGAGUAUUUCUCCAAAAUUAUCGAUGGAUGGAAGAACAAAUCGGAAAUAUGGGCCCUUGCGUACACUCCCGGAAUUCUAAGUGGAGCGGCAGUUUGUUCAAGUGUGUACAUGAACAAUUACUUCCGCAACAAACUUAAGUUGGGUAACUACGGACGUUUGACGAGCUAUUUACCGGCUGUGGCACUGCCAGCGAUAAUGGGUCUGGUUUUUCAUACUCAUUUCGUUGUGCCGGACGUGAUACUGAACCGGAAUAAAUGUCCCGUGUGCGUGCAAACCCGGGCCGGAUUGAUUCAAGCUGGAUUCAGUACAGCUUACCCGAUGCUGCUUGUACCGUUAUCGGCAUUUAUGUUUGCAACCCGUCACUUCACCUAUCGUCUCCCGUCGGCACACAAGGAGCCGCUGGAAGUCCUGAAACUGGUGCAGAAGUUGUUCAAACCGAUAACGAUGCAGGUGACUGUUAUGCUAGCAUUCAAUGUUAUGCUGGCGAUGUUUCUCACGAAUAAGGAGUUCGAAGCGGUUCAUCGGAUCAAUUUCAAACUCAUUGAGAUGGAAAAGAAGCUGGAGAGUGGCGAGUUGCCAUUGAACGAUAGUUUAUAGAUAUUGUAAUAAAGAGUAAUUUGUUAUUAGUGAUAA